AUGCUGUUUGAUAAGAGGUUAUUAACUCCAUGCCCAGUUUUGACUCCAACAGACCAAGAGUUUAAUGAUCCUGUUGGUUAUUUAUCAAGUGACAAGGUUUCGAAGCUAGGUGCUACCUACGGCCUAGUUAAGAUUGUACCUCCUCCAAAUUGGAAACCAAGUUUCCACAUCAACCCUGACUUUAAGUUCCAUGUUCGGAAACAGGUACUCAGUGAUUUGGGGAUCACAACCCGAUCUAGAGAUUUUUUCAGAGAAAAUAUCAACCGGUUUUUGAAGAUGAGAAGAAAGCGCCAGCUAAAGUUGUAUUUUAAUGUUCAAGGCACCAGAGUAUACUACUAUGAUUUGUAUAGAGAAGUUGAAAAUCUUGGUGAACCAAUGGAUAAAGAAAAAUGGGAAAAGUUAGGAGCUCGGUUUGGUGUUAAGGCAUCAGCAUUAGAACGUGAAUACGAUUCUACAAUCAAAUAUUAUGCUACUUAUUUGCACACCAAUUGCACCUAUGAUUUUCCUGAAAGUGAUUCAGAGGACGAAUACGAUAGCUGUUUGGUGUGCGGACAACACGACCACCCUCUGGAGACUUUGCUUUGCGACAACUGUGAUAAUCCGUAUCAUAUGAAAUGUUUGAACCCACCUUUGGAGCUGGUCCCUGCUACUAGCUGGUACUGUGAUAAAUGUUUGAUCGGGACGGGAGAGUAUGGAUUCGACGAAGAUGUGGAUGUCAAGUAUACGAUCCCUGAGUUUUACAAAAUGUGUCAGGAUUUUGAUGCCAAAUUCAUUAGAGACUACAAUCAGAACAACCCGUUGUCUGUAGAUGACAUUGAAAGAAAGUUUUGGUCUUUUGUUGAUGCCGAAAAGUCCGAUUUGGAGGUGAAAUAUGGUGCAGAUAUCCAUAAUUUGCGACCAGGUGAAGUUAGUGGGUUUCCUAUGGCCGACACCCCUUCAUUGGAUACAACUGACCCUGCCAUACAGUAUUACAUCAACCACCCAUGGAACUUGAACAAAUUGCCGUUUUCCAAUGGGUCAUUGCUCAACUUUAUCAACACCUCCAUAUCUGGAAUGACCAUACCUUGGAUUUAUAUUGGGUCGUUGCUAUCGACAUUCUGCUGGCAUGUUGAAGAUCACUACACUUUAUCGGCCAAUUACUGUCAUUUUGGCGCUACAAAGAAAUGGUAUGGUAUUCCUUCUCUGUUUGCCGACAAAUUUGAAAAGCUAAUGAGGGAUUCAGCUCCGGAUUUGUUUAAGCGACAGCCGGACUUGCUACAUCAGUUGGUAACAUUGAUGUCGCCGCUGAAGUUGGUGGAACAUGGCAUACCCUGUGUAUACGCAGACCAAAACCCUAAUGAGUUUGUGAUAACAUAUCCUCUAGUGUACCACGCAGGUUUCAAUUGUGGGUUUAAUUUCAACGAAGCGGUGAAUUUUGCCAUUGACGAAUGGUUAGAGUUUGGGGAAAAAUCUGUUAAUGACUACAGGCCAAUAAAGAAAGAAAACGUGUUUAACCAUUACGAAUUGUUGGAGAAUAUUCUAAGUCGAUUCAAUGCAAAACACGAUGUGAGCUUAGAUUUGGUAAAGCGAAGUUUAUGGAGCUUUGAAAGAUAUGUUUCCAGACUAGAGGAAUUACUAGCACAGUUGAAGGACAAGUCAACUGUUGAAUACAAACCCUCUGUUGACAACAACGACGAAGACGAUCUUUGUGACUCAUGCAAAACCCAUAUUGGCUUCCAAUAUUUUGUUCUUGAACCAGAAAACUCUAAACAAUUGUUGACACCCGAUGCUUCUCCACAGGAGAUUGAAACAAAGCCAAAUAAGAAUGAGGAGGCUAAGAAGGUUGCCAAUUCACAAGCAUCUCAUGAUCUUGCCAGCCUUAAUGAAAGAAAGGCAAUGGUGGACGAGUUCAACAGUCUAAUUGAAAAAGCCAAAAAAGACGUUGAUAAUGACGAGUCGACAAAAGUACGAAGAUCGAAACGUAUUCAUAGUUUGAAGGAAAAAGAGGUUCCACAACGACCUACAAAACGAGCCAAAAAGAAUAUCAUAAAGAAAAAAGCAGCCCAAUCAAAACUAUGUUCAGAAUGCGUUUGCCCUAUGGAAGGGAAGCUGAUACACGGCAAACUAGUACUUCGGAAACAACUCUCCACUUUAAAGGAAUUGAUUGAAGAAACCAAAAUGAAUCUUGUAUGA